CCCCCCGCGGCGGAGCUUUCCUUUCUCUUCCCUGGGGGGUCCGUCAGGCCGAGUUGAGCGCAGAAAGAAGGGACCGUUUUUGCGCGCCGCCGUCCCUCCAGCGGGAAGACCAUGAUGAUGGGCAGCAGCGCAGCCUCCAGUCGCGGACCCGGGACAAUCGCGCUCCUUCUUGUGCUCUGCGCGCUCCCGUGCUCGGCCCAGAGAGGUCCCCCUGGUCCCCCAGGUGUCCCUGGAAUUGAUGGCAUAACUGGUGACCGAGGUCCCGAUGGUCCCGAAGGUCCUCCUGGCCCGGAUGGGGAUGCUGGUGGACCCGGAUCUCCUGGAGUGCCAGGGUUUCCCGGUGCUGAUGGUUUGACUGGCGCUGUAGGAGAUCCUGGGCCGGAUGGUCCCGCCGGACAGAAAGGUGAACCAGGGAAGCCUGGACCACGAGGACCAGCAGGUGCCGGAGAUGAUGGAGCUCCUGGACCACCAGGGCCCGGAGGGUCUUUCGGUGAACCUGGCAAAGUCGGACCCCCUGGUGCCAUGGGAGUGAGAGGGCCGCAGGGGCCUAGGGGACCGUCGGGACCUCCAGGAGCUGCUGGGGUCCAUGGAGCUACUGCUGAGUUGUGCGCUAACGCUUGUCCACCAGGCCCACCUGGUCACCCAGGGCUUCCAGGCAUGAAGGGCCACAAAGGUGUGAAAGGAGAAUCUGGUGAGCCUGGAAAGCAAGGGCACAAGGGUGAAGAAGGGGAUCAAGGGCCUCCAGGGGAAAUUGGAGCACAAGGCCCCAUUGGUCUUCAAGGACUCAGGGGAAUCAUGGGGAUGAUGGGAUCCAAAGGAGAAUUGGGACCUCGAGGCCAUGAUGGAGAGCCAGGUCCCCAGGGUGUCCAGGGUGCCACUGGUGACCGAGGCCAGCGAGGCUUGGUGGGUGAAACUGGCCCAAAAGGGGAUCAAGGGCCUCAAGGACGGAGGGGAAUCACAGGUCUUCCUGGACCCAAAGGAGGGAGCGGACUGCCAGGGGUGGAUGGUCGAGAGGGAAUUCCUGGAAUGCCAGGGCCAAAGGGUGAUGCUGGACAACCAGGGGCUCCUGGGGAGGUGGGACCCCAAGGACUUCCUGGCUUGCCUGGGUCUCCUGGUGCCAAGGGAGCUAGUGGUGAAAAGGGUAAUGCUGGUGAUCCAGGUCUUGCAGGAACAGUGGGAUCUCCUGGUAAGAGGGGAGAUCGUGGUGAGCAAGGAGAAGUAGGACCUGUUGGACCAAUAGGUGGGCCAGGUGAUGUGGGAGAACAGGGUCCGACUGGGCCCCCUGGCCUGCCUGGCUCCAGGGGACCUAAAGGGGACCUCGGCCUACCUGGACUCCCAGGACCCCAUGGCCUUCCAGGAAUUAAGGGCGAGAGGGGUGAUGCUGGAGAACCAGGGCCUAAAGGCGAGCAGGGAGAUCCAGGUGCAGAAGGAACUCUAGGGGAAAAAGGAGACUUGGGUAGCGAGGGAGAAUCUGGACCUAAAGGAUCAACUGGUGAUCCCGGUGAGCCUGGGAAGAGAGGCCCAGACGGAAGCAGAGGACAGCCUGGAAUUCAGGGACCGCCCGGUUCCCCUGGCCCCCGUGGCAUGCAAGGAGACAGAGGCUUUCCGGGGGUCACCGGGUCACAAGGACCACCGGGCAAAGAGCCACGUGAUGAGCACAUCAAGCAAGUUUGCAUGCGAGUGAUGCAGGAGCAGUUAGCCCAACUGGCUGCCAGCCUAAGGAGACCUGAGUCUGGAGCUGUUGGCCUGCCUGGCCGACCUGGAUACCCUGGUCCUCCUGGUCCCCCGGGGGACAGCGGCUUCCCCGGGCAGGCUGGAGCAAGAGGGUUACCAGGCCUAAAAGGGCCCCCAGGGCCGAUCGGACUUAAGGGACCUAAAGGUGAGAUGGGAGACAGAGGGGACAGAGGACCUACUGUACGAGGGUCCAAGGGCCAGCCUGGAGUUCCGGGUCUGCCAGGUGAACCAGGCAAAUCCGGCUACGGCAGGGAUGGGCGCGAUGGCGAGAGGGGACCACCAGGUGUUCCUGGUCAGCCUGGUGUCCCAGGUGUUCCUGGCCCUGCGGGUCCCAACGGCUACUGCGACCCAUCAGCCUGUAACCUGCAGGCCAUUGCAGCACCCCCAUCUCUGAAGGACUCCAGCAUGAAAGGGCCUGGAGGAAACUGAUCCUCAGUGUCGGGCAGCACACCAAGAGACUGUGGAGGAGCUUCCAGUGACAACAUUUUCACAAGAUCUGUGCAACAUUGCAGAAAUGUAGUGUCACAUCAUUGGGAGAAUGUUUUGUUCUGAAGUUCAUCAAGGAAAAUGUUAUGAAAUUGGUCAGUUUAUAAAAUCAGUGGGCUUAGUCCCUUGCUUGUCUUUUGGUCGUCGUUGAUUUUUGUUUGUGCUGCAAUGUACUUUAAGGGAAUAAAGUCCCCACCACACUAAUAUUGGGUCAUAUCAAUUAAGAAGGAUCAUCACCCUCUCUUUUUUUUUUUUUGGAUAUCAUCUAACAUUUACUUUGUGUUCAGAAAAAAUACUGUAAAAGAAUACCAGAAUGAGCAAAAGUGAUCUUUGUUUUUGGCAUAAGUAGAAUACUGUCUACCAAAGGAAUCACAAAAAAAAGCACACGGUCCUGAUGGCCACUAAUGAGUGCAGUCUCAUGUUUAUGGAGAAACGUAAAUGAAAUAAAGGAAGAUUCAGUUAUGCUGAACUUACACAGGUGUAGUUAAUGCAUAAGCUGAACAUACGCACCUCUACGAAGUAUGCGUCCCCCGCUUGUCCACGUUUGUCCACAACUUAACUGUGUUCAUAGAAGUUGACCUGUGUUCAGAAACAUUCCUGCUCUGCAGCGAGAUCUGACGACUGAUUUUUUCACGGCUACCAACUAUUUUGGACAUCUACAAAGAUUUUAUUUAUUAUAUGAAAAUAUUAAGGGUCAGCGAUUGUACAAAAGCAAGUUAAAGAAAUGCAUUUUAAUAAAUGUUUUUUUGUAUA